CUUGGCAACGGAUCUACCGCUGAGCUAGCAAGCAACAUGGGACCCCGAGUGGAACCUCCAAACAGCGGGCGCUCGCCCACAGCGAGCAAGAGGCGCAUGAAGAAGUUCCGUGACGUUGUGUCCCCGUUGGACCCGGCGGAUGCGCGCUCCGGUGUGCACAGCUCCGAGUUCCGCGGCUUGUACAACCUGGCGAUGCUGUCUGGGGUGCUCUACGUGUUCACGACGCUCUUCACGAACCUGCUAAUGACGAACGAACCCAUCGACUCGAAGCUUCUGCUGUCGGUGUUUUACUCGACGCAUUUACUCGAGGUAUUGGCUACAUUCGUGUGUCAAGCUCUGUAUGCCUACACGGCCCUGAUCCCAGUGUACAUGGCGGGCACGGACAAGCCGAACCGCCUGCUCAUCAACAUCGUGCACCACACGCUUCAAAGUCUGCUCUUCUUCUUCACAAUCGUCUUCAUCGUCUGGCGCGACUGGAACCUCAUCCACGCCGUGUCAGCGUUCAUUGAAGGUCUCGUACUAUUGAUGAAGAUGCACUCCUACAUCCGCACCAAGCUGGAGAUCUCACGCACUGAGAACAAACCGCCCAUUCCUGACAUCAAGGACUUUACUAUGUAUUUACUGAUCCCGUCGCUGGUGUACGAACCUAACUUCCCACGUACCUGUCGGAUUCGCUGGGCUUACCUUGCUGAGAAGACUUUCUCGGUUAUCAUGGGGAUUUCGAUGCUAUACAUCAUCGUCACGACCCAUGUGAUGCCUCGCCUGGAGGAUUCCGGGACUGUGAACCCUGUGCUAUCGGUCGUGAGUCUUCUGCUCCCUUUCCUGGGAUGCUACUUGCUCACAUGGUUCAUCAUCUUUGAGUGCAUCUGCAAUGGCUUCGCUGAAGUGACUUACUCAGCCGACCGGGACUUUUAUGGUGACUGGUGGAACAGCACAACGUUCGACGAGUUUGCGCGCAAGUGGAACAAACCGGUGCAUGAGUUUCUACUACGACAUGUAUACUUGGAGACGUUGGACUCGUACAAGAUCUCGAAGACUUACGCCACUAUGUUCACCUUCUUCAUGUCUGCUGCACUCCACGAAUGCGUCUUCAUCCUCAUGUUCCGCACAGUCAGAAUGUACUUCUUUACUCUUCAGAUGGUCCAGUUGGUUACCAUCGUGUACGGACGUGGCUUGCGUGGCUCGCGGAUGGGAAAUAUCACCUUCUGGCUCGGUAUGAUCCUCGGACUCCCACUUCAAGCUGUCAUUUACAGUCGCGAAUAUCACGGUGGUGAGCCCAUCUUUAUGGUCAUCAUGAUGCCAGCAAUGAUCUUCGGGUUCGGUGGAGUUCUCGUUGCUUCACUGAUGCAUCUAAGUCGUUUGAGGAAGAAACAAGCCUAA